AUGCAAGCCGUUUUUCGGGGAGGAUCUGGCGUGAAGAGGGACUGCGCUGGAACUGGGGUUUUCUUACCCCGUAGGUACAGCAAUGCACCGGACAUUCGCAAGAAAACAGGUUGUCCAACAGUUAUUGUCCCGGCCAAGGUUGUUCAAGCGCUGAACUUGAACUUCGAUGACAUUAGUGGUCACGCUCAGCCACGCUUCAAUGCAGGCUUUACCUUUGACCACGAUUGCAUUAAGUCCCGGGCGAAUGCCCUCUUGUCGCAGCAAAGACGAACUUUAGGUCCGGACGGGUCACUAAAUCAUGAAAUACGCCUUCCUCGAGAUUGGACAUAUUGA